AUGAGACCAAAAUAUUAGUAAACUUAGAAUGAUACUAAUUCUUAAGUUAGAAUUAAUAUUAAACAUGUUUCACCAAUUCAGAUCGAAGUAUUGAAAUAAUCAGGAGAGAAAGUAGAGGAAAAUGAAAAGAUUGGAGUUUAUAUAUUUGAAAAUCAGAAUAAAUCGAUAUUAGCAUCUUCGCAAGGAUUUAUUGUGUGGGCAUAAAAUCAAAAGGUUUUUGAAAUACCAGUCACUGAAUAAUAUUUUACAAUUGGAAUCAUCUAUAAAAACAAAGGCGAUAUACCUAAUCAAGAAGAAUUAGAAAAUAAUACAACUUCUACUUCCUCAUUGGCCUAAUAAAAUUAUGUCAAAUUGAAUUUUGCUUAACUUGCAAUUAAGAAUUGUCAGGGAAAUAUUCAAAUAUUAAAGUGGAAGGUCAAUGUUGGAGAUUACAUUUCGCCCACGAUGAUUUUAGGGAUUUGCUCAGAUGAAACCCAAGAAGAUGUUAUUGACUUGAAAUCUAAGAUUAAUGGUCGAGUAAUUGAAUUAGCCAAGACAAAAAUAAUUUUGCCAAGAAACUAUGCAUUAAUGGUGAUUGAUAGCUCACAAACUUGCAACCAUUUGAAAAUUGAGAAUAACUAUUGUCUGAUUUGUAAUGAAAAGGUCAUUCGCAAUGUGGAAUCAUUAGAUCUCAAUUAUUCGGAUGAUAUUUCUAAAAAGAUUUCAAAAGAAAUAGUUCUUGAUAUUUUGAAGAAAAGGAAACUCAUUAUGGUACUGGAUCUAGAUCAAACUAUUUUACACGCCAUCAAAGUUUCGACUACCUUCAAUAAAUAUGAGUUUUGUGAAAAGCAGAAUAAAAUGAUAUAGGCUGACAGUGAAGCAUAAUUCAAUGGGUUCCAACAAUUGGGCUUUAAUAUUAAGGAACAUUUAUUAGAUAUGACUUGCGAUUAGCAGAGCAAGUUUAUCAUCAAAUUAAGACCCUACUUCGAGUAGUUCUUCUUAACAUUGAUACCUCUGUUUGAUAUCUUCAUUUACACCAAGGCAAGUAAGUCAUAUGCAGAUUUCAUCUUAAGCUUUAUUACUCAUAGAUUAAAUGAAUUUAUUCCUGAACAUAAACCUUUCUUUCCUCCAUAAAGAGUCUUAUCACGCGAGGAUACUAUAUGUUCAAACAGUAAAUCACUGAACAGACUCUUUUAUCCAGGAAUUGCUACUAAUCUAUUAGUAAUUUUGGAUGAUAAUGCUGGAAUGUGGAAUCAAUUCAAAGAGAAUCUCAUACAUACAAAACCUUUCGUAUACUUUAAUGAACAUGGCUCUACAAAGGAUGGCUAAGGAAUUGUGACUGAUAUUGAAAAGGAAGUACAAAUAUUCAAUAAAAAUGAUUUUUGGCUUUAUACGAUAACAUAGAAAUUGAAAGAAAUUUCGGAUAAGUUUUGGAGCCAAAUCAAAUAGGCUCAAGAUGAUCCAAAUUUCAUUGUAGAAAUAGAAUAAUAAGUAUGCAAGGCAAAAAAAGUAAAAACGGAGAUUAUUGAAGAUACAAGCCUAAGAUUGGAAGAGAGAAAUCUUUUGGAUAUAAUAAUAAACCGAAAAAUCAGUGUUCCAACAAUAUAUUUAGAAAUGAGAAGGAGCAUAUUGAGUGGUGUUACAUUAUUUUUUGCAAUAUCAGAAGCACAUGAAGAAACCAUAAAGAGAGGUUUAGAAUAAGCAAAGGAUAAAGCUGUUAUUUUGGGAGCCAAAGUUUACAGAGAGUUCAAAGAGGAUAAUUUUGUGGGUCAAGAGAACAGUUACGUCAUUACAGUUGGAAGAAGAAAGAUUAGAAGUAUCAUGAUUGCUUAGGAAAAGAAUAUUCCUAUUAUACAUUAUAAAUGGAUUGAAGAUUGCGAUAAUUAUCUAUUUCGAGCAGAUUACAAACUAUAUGUUGAGAGGGAAGAUGGAAAUAAUAAAAGCUUAACUGAGGAGGACUAAAGAGAUUAUGUCUUAAAGUGUUAGUUAUUGAAAAUAUGA